AUGCAACUUUGCAGUAACCGUCGCGAAGGCUUCGGCCCUUCAUCAAGCAUCUCCUCACCCAUACCAACAUCCUGCUUCGUCGACAUAAUCCUCAUACCCCUCCCUAUAUGGCUCGCCAUCGCACUCCUCCCCAUCCUCUUCGCUCUCUCCCUUCGCCACCGAAAACAAAACUAUAACCCCUCCACCGCAUACCUGCGCGCUGUUCCGCAGCGAAAUUGGGGCUUCACUAUUACCUCCGCUGUAUACUAUAUCUUGAUUGUGGCCAAUGGGCUGAUGAUGACAUUGGAGAUUGUUCGUUUGGAGUUGAUCCAUUUUGGGAUUGGGCUGCUGCCGUUUGUAUAUGCGGGGUUGAUUAUUGCGAUGUUGUUGUAUUGGAGUGAGGGAGUGAAGGGUAGGAUAAGGGGCUGGCAGGCGGUAAAUGCGGUGGUUUGGAUUGGUGGGGUAGCGGUGAGUGCUGUGAAAGUGAUUGGAUUGAGUAAAGAGGGGAUCGACUCGAGGAAAGGAUCGAAAUAUCCGCUAAGCGAUCAGGUUAUUGAUGUGGCGGUCAUGGCUGGAGUCUAUGCUGUGGUUGCGAUAUUGGAAGUUGUAUUAAGUUUUUGGAGAGCAUCGAGGCAGGCAAGGAGGGACAGCGAUCAGAGUCCACAGAGUGGAAUGAGUCCUGUUAUGGACAACUCGGAAUAUCUGGGGAAGUUUCGGCCGAGUGUUUGA